AACCCUUUGACUGCAACCAUGCUUGCCAGAAUUCUUGCUUCCCUUGUUUCCUUUCUGGUUAACUGGUCCCUUGCUUCUUUGGACAGACUGACUUCCUUACCUCGCUUCGCACCUGGUUUUAUUCAGGACUUGGAGACGGGGAUAGCAGCGCUUAGCAGCGGAUACGCUAACGCCGGAUAAGCAUCCCACUGCCUCCAACAAGGGAUUCUGGGCAUGAAUGUGAAGCCCCUUCCCAGAUACCACCAACUUGGUUCUUGUUAUCUCCUUCCUCCCCAUGCGUGAAAGACAAGGUCUGAGUUCACUUUCUAUUGAGCCUACUCCUUCUCUGUGUGCAUUCGACUCCUCUUAAACUAUGGAAGUUCCUUGCCUUAGUCAGAUAUUCAUUCGUCGGGCAUUGCUGAAUCCCGAGAAUCGCUAAUUCAUGCCACUGAGCUGGUAGUAGGGUAUGGUGGGUGCUUGGGAAGCUUCACAGGUGGAGAGUCCUGUCUUAAGCCCCUUCAGCCGCCAAUCCUAACAUAGAGUCCUUCUCCUUUAUCCCGCCCAGUUCCUUCUGCCUUUUGGGGGUGUUUGAGUUUGCAUUCCCUUUUAUGUAUUUCCUUUAGGACAUGGGUUCCCUUCGAGAAUCUAUAAAAUCAGCUGUUAAAG